AUUACACAGGAUGGCCCUCCACCUAACUUUUUCAUGGAGUGGAUGUACAAUUUCAUCUCUUCCGGGGAGAUCAAUAAACAUCAGCUGUCAAAGGCUGAUGUAACAGAUGCAGACCUGCUAGAUCUUAUUGCUACGAUUGAGACCGCAGACGCUACAGCCUUACUUGACCUUUCUGAAGGAAUUGUAGCAUGUGGAUACACUGGACCUCUAACGUGUGAGAGAAAGGAGGACAUUCUCAGUGCUGUUGUCCUGCAUUCUUGUGUGCGAAUCCUACCAAUGCUGCAGCAGAUGUGCAAAGGAUUAGAGCUCUAUGGCCUCCAUAAAAUGGUGAAACAAAAUCAGCCUUUAUUUCAGCCUUUAUUUGUUCCUGGCCAUUUCACAAAACCUGAUGCAGAUUUUCUCACGAUGGCCCUGUUACCCGUUUUAAGUGAGGUGGGUUCGGUAAAGCGGCAGAGAGAAUCAAGAAUUGUGAACUACUUACAGGACUUCAUUCAAAGCCUUGAAGAAGAAGAAGUGAGCAGUGGUAGGGAGAGCAGAGGUGAGGACGACAACAAAAAGGUAGAUGAAACGGAGGACCGUACAAAAGAAAACGCAGAACAAGACCAGAUCACCAUUAGCAGCCUCAUGCAGUGGCUUACUGGUCAGGGACAUGUUCCCAUUACGUCUGCACAAAGAGAAAAAUUUAAAAUACACAUAGAAUUUGAUCAUGACUGUCAGCUACAAUAUGGUGAGCACAAUUUAUGCUACCCUCUUGUAAAUGCAUGUUCCUGUACUGUGACCUUGCCUACUAGGCACCUAGGGACUUACACGGAGUUCCUCGAAAUUAUGAGGCAGGCUGUGAGCAAUAGCAGAUAA